AGAACAAGACCUGGGACCGAUUUAGGCAGCUCCGUGGAGUUCCCUGUAUUUCUUAGAGAUUCUCUCGAAGUUCUCUAUCUGAAUGAUAACCAGCUCGACACCUUUCCACAUUCGGUAUGCCAGCUGAAGAGUUUAACUGAGCUGUAUUUGGGGAGUAAUCCAGGUAUAAAGGAGCUUCCACCUGAACUUGGUCAGCUUUCAUCUCUGUGGCAGUUGGAUCUUGAGGACCUUAACAUCUCAAACCUGCCUGCAGAAAUCCGGAAGGAAGGACCAGUGACCAUACUGGCUUACCUGCGUGCCCAGCUGAGAAAAGCAGAGAGGUGUCGACUUGUGAAGAUGAUCAUAGUAGGACCUCCACGGCAAGGGAAAACCACUCUGUUUGAGGUCUUGCAGACAGGAAAAGUAUCCCAGCAAAUGCAAGGAGAUAGUACAAUCCGGACUACCCGCUGGGAGCUGCAGAGGCCUAUGGGCAUUAAGGGAAAGGUCGAUUCUGUGCAGUUCCAUGUAUGGGACAUGGGAGGCUCCGCUACAGUGGCAGCAGUGAACCAGUGCUUCCUUACAGACAAGGCCUUGUACGUCGUGGUGUGGAACCUGGCCCUGGGGGAGGAGGCCGUGUCCAAUCUCCAGUACUGGCUUCUCAAUAUCGAGGCAAAAGCACCAAAUGCUGUGGUUUUAGUGGUGGGAACUCACCUAGACUUCAUAGAGACCAAGUUCCGUUUGGAAAGAAUAGCCACCCUCCGUGCUUAUGUGUUGGCUCUUUGCCGUUCUCCAUCAGGGUCUAGGGCCACAGGCUUUCCAGAUAUAACCAUCAAACACUUACAUGAGCUCUCCUGCAGGACGCUUGAAGGUUUUGGAUGGAUUACGACACCUGAUCUUCCAUGCCGCUUGCAAUAUGAAGGAUGU